UUAAUAUACAUGAGUUCAAGAGAAGGCCUCUGGGAGUCUUUCACAAAACCAUUAAUAUAUUUACUAAGUCAUAUCAUCUAUUAUUUUUAUAAGCUAAAAUUGAUAACAUUCUUCAUCUUGAGAUUCUAUAUACAAGUUACAGAAGUAAAAAAUGGCUUUUUCUUCCAGAGAUGGUCUAUUUCAGCUUCUGAUAAGCUUAUGUUCCUUGUUAUAUCUCCGUCAAGCUCAAUCAGCUUCUUCCUUUGGUAGGACAUUACCCGAUAUUGGUUUACUUAAGAGUUGUAACAUCGAUAAAAUAUAUCAGUUUGGAGCCUCCAAAUCAGACACUGGAAAUCGUAGGAUAGAAAAUCCUUUAGACCUGUGCAAUUUGCCUCCUUAUGGUCAGAGCUUUCUACGUGAGCCUACCGGACGUUGCUCUGAUGGACUACUCAUGAUUGAUUACAUCGGAUCAGCAGCCGGUAUCCCCUUUCUCAAUCCGUAUCUGAAUUCCAAGGCAAACUUUAGCCAUGGUGUGAACUUUGCGGUUGGUGGUUCUACAGCAUUGCCAGUAAAGAAAAAUGCUUUAGUUUCUGCAACCAGGAGUUCUCUUGAUGUACAAGUUGAUUGGAUGUCCGAAUUUCUUGUUUCGCAGUGCAGUUCUCAUACUUAUUGCAGCCUUGAAAGACACUCGAAAAAUUUAUUUAUAGUUGGGGAGGCAGGAAAUAAUGAUUAUAAUUCUGCAUUAUUUCAAGGAAAAACAAUAAAAGAGAUCAAAGGCGAAUUGAUGCCUCAAAUUGUUCAAUCUAUUAUGCAUGCAGUAAAAAAAGUUAUCAGGGCUGGAGCUGCGCGAAUAGUUGUCCCGGGACAAUAUCCACUAGGCUGUUUCCCAGUUUAUUUGGCAGCAUUUCAAAGUAACAGCACAACAGAUUAUGAUAAACAUGAAUGCUUGAAAGCGCUGAACAUUCUUGCAGCAGCUCACAACAAGUAUCUACAGCAUGCUAUAAGUGCAAUGCAAAAACGAAAACCCAACAUUAAGAUUGUGUAUGCCGAUUACUACAAUGCCUUUGAAUGGCUUCUGCACAAUGCACCAUAUAUAGGACUUGAUGCGGAAUCUACUUUAGAAGCCUGUUGUGGAACAGGUGGCAAAUAUAAUCAGAACUCGACCCAAAGGUGUGGGAGCCUCAACGUUCCAGUCUGCGCGGAUCCUGAUCAACAUAUUAGUUGGGAUGGACUUCAUUUGACACAGAAGGCAAACCGCCUUAUCGCCUCAUGGCUUGUAGCAGAUUUUAUACCAAAGAUUGAUUGUAAGAUAUAUUAAAACCGAAAGCAGACAUGGCUAGGAUGGCGAUAGGAUGGGUAAUAAUCAAAAAUUUCAAAUUAAAAUACAUUAGAAAACCACUUGAAUAUAUUAAGAGUUCAAUUAUAUUGUUAGUUUAUCCUUUGCAGAAUUUCUUGAGGGGAAAAUAUUGUAUGGUGGCAAAAUGUUAAAACAAUAAAGUUGAGAUACUAGAUAGUUGAGUAUUAAAAUCCAAAGGUAUAUAAGCCUGCUAUAUCCAAAUCACAAUGUAACAACUAACAGAACAUAUAUGAAUUUACUAGCCAGAGUUUAUCAUUUGCUCUUAGAAAGAACUGCAUAUCUUGUUUGGUUGUCACAUUUAAAUUGUAAACACUGAGAACCAGCUUGGCUUAGUUGCUAAGAUUAAUCUUGCCUUCCGUUCCUCUCGAAUCUAUCUGCAUUCUCUCAGACCACAAUGUUGUUUGCUCUGGCUUGUCAAUAUUCAUCCUUUUGAUGCUAUUUCGAGGAAUAUUCAACCCAAAUGAAUCAAAAACAGCUGAAUAGUAGGCGGAUGGAUUUGAGGAAUCUUCCCAGAAAGAAUGAUCCAUUAAGGUUUGCAUUUUGUUCCACAACUGUCAAAAGGUUGGUUCUAGUUUAUUGUUCAUUUGAAGGAUUAUCUUGAGAGAGUGUCUUUGACAUACUUGUGUAAAUACAUACAUUAUACCACUUACAACUAAAGGUUCCCAUACUUUGUGUUUGUGAUUCUCUUUGCUUUUUGAUGGUGGUAUUGUUACGGACUCAUCUAUCCUGCAGAAUUGAACCGAAAUUCCAAGGAAUUUAGCUUCAACUAUGAUAUCUUGCACCUGAUGUUCUCUAUGAUGCUAAUGUUCUCACCAAAGGAGGCCAUUGAUGUCUAUGUUCUAUUUCAACUUCCAAGGUCUAAUACAUGUAAGAAAUACCUUCCCUCUACUACAUUGCCCAUUGCAUCACUGACUGGUAUAAAUCCAAUAUGAAUGGAGUUCUCUGGUGAGGUGAUAAAAAAGCUUCAAGUUCCGCUUCUCUGGUAAAUCAUACAUCAGUUUACAUUUGGUUUAACAUUGUUGAGAAGCAACAAUCUAGAUUCCAAGCCACAGAAAAUGAUAAGAGAUUCGUUACACUAAGCUACCUGAAAGGCUUAUAGAUGUCUAGAUUAGGCUUAGCAUGGGCUCUUCAUGUUCUGUGCUCUGCACCCAACAACCCCUGCACCGCACAAGCCAAUAACAUGAUUCUGUUCUUAGUGAAAAGGCAUUUGUAAACUUUUCAAGAAGUUCAUCAAUUUUAUCAACUGACUCUUGUUUAUCAGAAAAAACUAACAGAACAGAGGAAAGGAAACAUACGAGUAAUGCAGUUUGAGAUUAUUUUGUUCCCUGGCCUUGAUGACAUAU